AGGGACUUGACCUGUCCGCGUCCUGCUCCAAUAUAAAUAGGAGCCUCUUCUCCAGCAGCUGCCCAGUUUGUUUGCGACCUCAUUGACUUUACAAAGAUGAAAUUGACGUUGAUCCUUCUCGUUUGCUUCGUGGGGGUUACCUACCAACAAGGAUACGCGUGGUCACCUUUCCAUCGUCACUCACCGCGCCUUUAUCUGUCCAACAAUUACCAUGAAAAUGACCACCAGCUCCCUGCCAAGUCUGCCUACGAUUUUGAGUUAGCAGAUUCUCUGGCCACGUAUGACGAUGAUGAAAUUGCUUCUUCACUAUCCGACGUCCAGGCGAGAAUUCCGUUUGGCAGCGCCAGGAAAGCGCAAAAGAAAUUUUUCGUUACCAGCGUAUUUCCCAACUCGUUGUUCCCGUUUAACUUUCGACCUGUGACCGUCACAACCUUAACCACCACCGCCCUUUCUGUCAUAACGUCAACGGCUGUGCUUGCCACCGUGCAGUCGUGCAUUCCUGCUGCACAGUUCCUUACUCAACAAGCAGCGGGAGGCCCCAUGGUAUUUACGACUGCUUGCGGCCGUCGAAGACGCGGCAUCGACCAGUCAGACAGACAAAUCGAAACACAAUUCGAUGAUUCGAUAUCACCGACUGCACUUUUACCAUUGGCCACAAGCAGCGCCGCACCCAAUUUUGACGGGUAUGACGAUGUCCAGCCGGAACUAAGGUCGUCGCAGACAAAUCUUGAAGAAGACCAGCGCCAGAUAUUUCGUGUUGACGCGGGUAACGCGCGUCAACGUCGCGGCUUGAGCCUGGUACUGACUGUUACGUUAACCUCCACAUCCUACUCGUUUUCCACUACGACCCUGAAGAAAACGGUGAAUUUGAGUGGGACAGGACAACUGUCUUGUUUGCCAGCAGGUUUCGCAGUAUGUUAGGCCACCGAAUCUUUAUAUUUUCAUCCCCCCUCUUUUCAUGCAUUUUUGUUUUUGGUUUUCAAUACUCUUUACAAACUUAGCCUUUGUCAAGAGAUUUCAUUGCUUAUGAAUUUUUCGCUUUUUUUUUUUAUCGGGGGGUAAUAAUCUCUUAUUUAUCUGUUCAAUUUCGCAUGACAUCCAGCUGAAUUGGCUAUAUCCUCGGAUUGCUGUCCAGGAUGGUCAGUUCGUGAAAGUCUGAAUAAUUAAUUUAAUUAGAAAACAAUGACAGUUAUAAUUAACAUCUCCGACAUUUUGUUGUGAAGAUACAGAAGAAAAUUUUAUGUAUCCACUCAGAUUGUUUUGUUUUUUUUCUCCUUCUGUUUCUUGCUUUACUCCACGAAAUGUGUGCACAAGAAAAUAGUUAAAUACACCAUUUUUUAACAUU